AUGGAAAUCCCAAGGCCAGAUGGUUCCAAAAAGGUUGAUGAGACUCAAAAUGCAUUUGCUGCAUUAAAAGCAAACAUGAAAGAGUCAAUGGAAAUAAAAGGGUCUAAAAGGUUUGAGCAAGAGAAGAAAGUUUUGAUGGAAAAGGAAGAGCAGGGUACUUCUGAACCCAAGGAAGAGCAGGAAAUUUCUAAACCAAAAAGAAGAAAGCCUACUAGAAAAGUAAGCCAACCCAAAACCACACCUUCAAAAACCACAAAACAUACUCCUCAAACCCCCAAAAGUUACUCUCGUCAAACCUCCAAACCAACAGAUGUUAAGACACCUGUUGUAUCAGCAGUUGUUGCUGUUUCAACAGCUGUUAGUCAGACACCUACCACCUCAAUCACCACCACUAAACCCACAAAUACUCCACCAACUUCUCCAAAGCACAAAAGGAGAAGGGUAACAAACAUUAUACUGGAAGAUGACACUUCCCCAACUCCAACAUCUACACAACCACUGUCCCUUGUCACCAUUCCAAACCCUGUUCCAUUAUCUUCAGCACAAGUUCUAAAUUCAAAUACUACUAUUGUUCCUGUGGAGUACAAUACCCAUUGGAUCUUCCAGCAGUCAGGGAGGAGAUAA